UUUGGGAGAGACUGGUUACUGUGACACUGUCCACUUGCAAGUCCUCCAUCCAGCUAACCGACCCUGCAUGCAUUAAUGGCGUUCGGCAAGGGCCCAGCUAAGAGGGGAGCGAGUGAGCGAGCGAAUGCCGUCGAUACAAGUGUACGGAUGUAUGUAGCCACGACUGAGUGACAAACUAUUCAAGCCGUCCGUCCCUAGGCCUUUCAACAUCGAGCCAGAAGAACAAGUGUGUCAAAGUGAGUCCCCAUGUCAUCUCAUAUGAAAUCAUGGCCCAGAUUGGAUUGACCCUAUCGCCCAUCAUGAGAUUGCCCAGGUUGUCCCGAUCGACUUUAUUCCCCCGCCAUGGGCGUUGGCCCCUUCAAUCGCGUUACCUGACCGCGUAUGGCACGCCCGAAGGCACUUCUUUGAGUCGACAAAAGGAUUUGAAGAAGUGGCCCGUGGCUCCUUUGGCCCAGACCUUGAGCCGAUACCAAAAGACCAUUCGCCCAUUCCUGUCCCAAGAUGAAUGGACCACUAGCCAAAGGACCGUGGCCCAAUUUGGUCAACCCGGGGGCUACGGUGAACGUCUCCAGGCAUUGCUCGAGGCCAAGGCUCAAACUACGAAUAAUUGGUUCGCGGAUUGGUGGCUAGAUUGCGCCUAUUUAGGCUCCCGCGGCACGGUGGUGGUUUGGUCGAGCCCGGGUUUUGUCUGGCCUGAACAGCAAUUUGCCGGAGAAACGGAUCAGUUGGAGUACGCGGCUAAAGUGGUGGCUGGCCUUUUGGAUUUCAAACUCAUGUUGGACAAACAAUGCUUGCCCGUGGAAAUGAUGGGUCAAGAUCCUAUGGAUAUGGAGCAAUAUUACAUGGUAUAUGGAACCACCCGUAUGCCGGGAAAAACCAAGGACUACUUGAGCCUCAAUCCCAACUCCAAACAUAUGGUGGUGAUUCACCACAAUAACUUCUAUCGAGUUUCGUUGUACGAUGAUGAAGGCCACUUGCUCAGCGAGCCCCAAAUUUUCGGAUCAUUGCUUCAUUGUGUCAAGGACUCCCGUGAAAAGGGUCGAGGUCCAGCCGUCGGAUUGCUCACCUCCGACAAUCGCGAUAAUUGGUUCCAAGCUUAUGAAAAGCUCUUACCCGGCAACGAGAAUACGCUCAAGGCCAUUGAAACGUCGCUCUUCACUUUGAACCUAGAUCAAGAGCCCUCAAAUCAAAACGGCAAUACCUAUCCGGACCAAAAGACCAAGACGGCUGCCCAAGCCAUCCACGGCCUUGGUCCCAACGGACAUGCCGCGAAUCGGUGGUUUGACAAGACCAUGCAGGUGUUCAUCGGUUCAGAUGGCUCAUGUGGAAUGUGUUACGAGCAUUCUACCGCCGAAGGUGUUGCCUUGAUGACCGUCAUUGAUCACACCCUCCGAUGUGUGAAUGGGGGAACAAAAUUUGGACCACCUUCCAAAGGUAAUCGAUUUGACUGUCCGGAGUUUCUACCAUUCCGUGAUGUGGACCAAGUGCGAGACAACAUCACGUUGGCUCAUAAUAAUUUAUACAGCUUGUCCGAAGACUUGGACCUUCGAGCUAUGCAUUUUAAGGGGUUUGGUAAAUCUUUUAUAAAACGGCAAAAGUUUAGUCCGGACUCGUUCAUGCAGAUGGCCCUGCAAUAUGCCUUCUAUCGCCUUCACAAGACGCCCGGUGGUCAAUACGAAUCUGGAGGUCUGCGCAUCUUCCACCGGGGACGAACAGAUAUCAUUCGAUCUUGUUCAGUGGAAUCCGUGCGUUUUGCCCAGGAUAUGCUGAACAAUUCAGUCUCAACCCAAAAUAAGUUCCAAAGCAUGGCCAACGCCCUGAAAGGGCACAGUAACUUUGCCAAGAUGGUUGUGUCUGGAAAUGGAUUCGACCGGCAUCUGUUGGGGCUCAAAUUGAUUGCCCUUGAACAUGGCUUGGAAGUUCCGGAAAUUUUCAAUGAUCCAGGUUAUAAAAGGUCAACCUACCACAGAAUUUCCUCCAGCCAGGUGUCUGCUAAAUCAGAGUCAUUCCUGGCCUUCGGUCCGUUGGUAAUGAAUGGUUACGGCUGUUGUUAUAGCCUCAGAGAUCACGAUUUCCUUCUCGGACUCAGUGCUAUGAAAUCGUGCCCAGAAACGAGUGCUGAUAAAUUUUACGAGGCCCUCGAGGACAGCUUGAACGACAUGCACGACCUUUGCGUCCAGAUACAACUAAGCCACCUUUAACGGCACUGUUUUGCGACAAUGGUGUGAUUGAUGUAAUGCCACGUGAAUCCAUUCUUACAAAUAUAUUUCUGUUGAUUCCCGUUUACGA